UAGGCUAGGGUGGGCCGUACACCUAUAUACAUGAACAGAAAAGGGAGCCAGAGGACAACCAAAAACCAAAAUAAAAAAACUUGACCCCCAAAGUCCCAAAGUCCAACUAUAUGUCGUCUCUGUCUUGGCGGGAACUCCGGGACCUGGAAUACGCAGGGCGCCGACCCGACCCGUUUGAAUCAUUGGGAUUCCGUUCGCCACCAGCUGCCGUUCUCCGCCGCCUCGCCCGGGAUUAUCAUACCGUGAAGAUUCCAGAUCCAUCGGCGGGCACUACUACUUCUACAUCUGCCUCUCCCUACCCUGAAGCACCCCUGGCUGCUCCCCUGACUCCUCACCCUUUAAGUUUUUUUGACGAUGCAUAUACCAUACAGAAGCUCCAAACAGAAAAAUGUAUGUAUUGUACAAAGGUACACGGUAUUGCAUCUUGCUCCUACACGAGACGUGUCCCAAAGAAUGCACCUGUUGGCCCUGGCUGUGAACUAGUUUGUAGGAUCUGUGAAAGUCCGUUUUCAGGCACCUGUUGUGGUCUAGAUGAAGGCCGUGCUAUUCUCAAAGAGUGCAUAAUUUGUGGAGCGUACGGUGACCACUGGCCUAGAUGGUGCCCACGCAACAAUCGAGUCGACAAGAAACUUUUGGACCUUCCUCCUGGUGUCUUUCACGUGGAUUUCUCACGCGGCACUAGUGCUCCUGCUUCGUAUUGUUCGGGAAAAGUUGAACAGAAGGAGCCUGCAAAGCCAGCUUCAGUUGAGAGCAAUGCUGUCAAAGAUGAUGACCCAGAGCCUGGAUCUAAGAGAAGAGCCCAAGCCUCUGCAUCAGCUAAAACUCCAGUUUCUGCUCAGAAGGCAAAUAUAGAUACUGGUACAUCCAGUUUUUGAAAUGUCAGUUUUUGCUGUUACUUUUGCCUGAUGUUUAAGGAGUUUGAGUCUUCAGCAUUGCCUUGUUGUGGUAAAAAGUUUCCAAUUUGUAUUAGAUAUCGAUGCUAUAGUCUUUUUCUAGAUUGUUGCUGAUCAGUUCAAUUUCUUCUUCUUCUUUUCUAACAAAUGGUAAGAAGGGUGCCCAGAGUGAUACACCACACCUUUCAAAGAAGGGAAAGACACCUGCUACUGAUAAAUCGAAGGCAGCAACUCCGAAGUCUGCUGGUGGUAAUUUCUUUUUUGUGUCCUGCAACAAUUCAUUUGGUUCUGAUGGUGGUCUUCAGUCUCACGAGGACAACGCUAGUGCUAAAAAGUAGAAUGGAGAUGUCGCUGAAGCACGGGCUUGUUUUUGAUAUAUAACAUUAUUGGUAUGGAGAGUAUAGGGGAGAUUAUGUUAAAAGGGUUUUGGCAUUAGCGGAUUGGCCUUGACGGUAUUACUGGAUGGUUUAUAUAUAAAUGAUUUUCAAGUAGGCGUUAUGUUUGAA